ACGACAGAGCCCGGCCUUUUCCGACUUGCCUCGUUUCGCUUGUCCUUCCCUGCCCACUUACGCUGGGACCUCAGGCAGCGCGGCGCGCAAAACACAACGCUGACAGACAGCUGUGACCGACUCACAACCGAAGAGGGAAAGAUGGAACACAGAGACGUCGACUUCAAUAUACUGCUAGCGACCGACUCGUACAAGGUGACCCAUUACAAACAGUACCCCCCCAACACGAGUAAAGUCUACUCCUACUUUGAGUGUCGGGAGAAAAGGACAGAUCCCACCAAAACGAGAAAAGUCAAAUACGAUCAAACUGUCUUUUAUGGGCUACAGUACAUUCUUCACAAAUAUCUAAAAGGAAAGGUGGUGACACCAGAGAAGAUCCAGGAGGCAAAAGAGGUUUACAAAGAACACUUUCAGGAUGAUGUUUUUAAUACGAAAGGCUGGAAUUACAUUUUGGAGAAAUACAACGGUCACCUGCCCAUUGAAAUCAAAGCGGUGCCAGAAGGAAGCGUCAUCCCUCGAGGCAACGUUUUGUUCACAGUGGAGAGCACAGACCCUGAAUGCUACUGGCUCACGAAUUGGGUGGAGACCAUCCUGGUGCAAUCCUGGUACCCCAUCACCGUGGCAACCAACUCCAGAGAGCAGAAGAAGAUCCUGGCGAAGUACCUUCUGGAGACGUCUGGAAACCUGGAAAAACUGGAGUACAAACUGCACGACUUUGGCUACAGGGGUGUCUCGUCACAAGAGACUGCUGGCAUCGGAGCGUCAGCCCAUCUGGUGAACUUUAAAGGCACAGACACUGUUGCCGGGAUUGGAGUCAUUAAGAAGUACUAUGGCACCAAAGACCCGGUGCCGGGAUUCUCAGUGCCUGCUGCGGAGCACAGCACGAUCACGGCGUGGGGGAAGGAUCACGAGAAAGACGCCUUUGAACACAUCAUCAAGCAGUUCCCCAACGUGCCCGUGUCCAUAGUCAGCGACAGCUACGACAUCUACAACGCCUGCGAGAAGAUCUGGGGGGAGGACCUUCGGGGACUCAUCGAGACCCGCAGCGCUGACGCUCCGCUAGUCGUGCGGCCGGACUCUGGAAACCCGCUCGACACUGUUUUGAAGGUUUUGGAGAUUCUGGGUAAAAAGUUCCCUCCAAAGGAGAACUCCAAAGGCUUUAAGGUUCUUCCUCCCUAUAUUCGAGUCAUACAAGGGGACGGAGUGGAUAUCAACACGUUGCAAGAGAUAGUGGAGGGCAUGAAGCAGCACCGGUGGUCCAUUGAGAACAUCUCCUUUGGGUCUGGAGGGGCUUUAUUGCAGAAACUGACCAGAGAUCUGCUCAACUGCUCCUUCAAGUGCAGCUAUGUGGUCACUAACGGACUUGGGGUGAAUGUGUUCAAAGACCCGGUGGCGGACCCCAACAAAAGAUCCAAAAAAGGUCGCCUGUCUUUGCACAGAACACAGAGCGGGGACUUUGUGACCCUGGAGGAGGGCAAGGGGGACCUGGAGGAAUACGGCGAGGAUUUGUUGCACACAGUCUUCAGGAACGGAAAGAUCGUGAAGACGUACACGUUUGACGACGUCAGAGACAAUGCUAAGCUGAAAGACAGCGAGCUGGAAGAGCUGCUACACUGAGGGCGGUCUGCGUCCGCCCUCCCCCACAUCUACUGAGACUCCCAAAACAAAAAAGAAACCCUCUCCCUCCAAAUCCUCACCUUCUUGCCUCCACCGUGAUCCAGAAUAUGGAGGUGUGUGCACUGCUAAAAAAAAAAAAAAAAAGAAGAAAAAAAAACAUGCUCCCAUACUCGGUACCUGAGACUCACUUAAGCUUCGUGGAGUUUUUAUGUGUGGUUUCAAAAUCCCACAGGGAUGACUAAGAUAUUUAGAAGUUUGCACAUUCGAGCGUUGUUGGAGGGGGCAAAAAAGAAAAAUGUAUUUUUUAACAUCCGAA